AUAUUUAUGAUAGGUCUUUUAAGUAUUGUGUUUUAAGUCCAUCAUAUACAAAAAAAUGUUUUCCUUCGCUAUGUUUCUGUGACGUCAUGAGGUUAAAGUUGAACUGGACAGUUAGGAAACCAAACGAAACCAACAUGGUUGUGUAACAGCCGACUACAUCUUUACCCUACGUUUUGUCUUUUUCUACAUCACUUCAGGACCAGUUAUUACAUAAAGCUCAAAUAUGUUACUCUCUUCUCUACGGACAACCUUGUUCUGCGGCUGCAGAAAUGCUACAAAGGGAUUUCAACAUAGCAGUAGGAGUCCACAGCUACGACAAUGGCUUGUGAAGAGAGGUCAGAGCACCAUCACUGUGGAGGCUGGGGCCUCCUGUGCCCCGGCAGCAGUCCCUAGCCUGGCUACAAAUCGCAUAGUAGGUCGUUGGUUGAUCGGCUGCAGCGGGCUGGUGGUUGGGGCUAUUGUCUUGGGCGGUGUCACAAGGCUAACAGAAUCGGGACUUUCCAUGGUUGACUGGCAUCUGGUGAGAGAGAUGAAACCACCUCAGGGGCAAGCCGAGUGGGAGGCUGAGUUUUCAAAGUACCAACAGUUUCCUGAAUUCAAAAUAAUGAACCAUGACAUGACACUGCCAGAGUUUAAGUUUAUCUUCUACAUGGAGUGGGGUCAUCGUAUGUGGGGGAGGCUGGUUGGACUUGCGUACAUCCUCCCCACCGUUUACUUCUGGAGGAAAGGAUACUUCACUCGCUCCAUGAAGGGAAAAGUGCUUGGACUUUGCGGAUUUGUCUUUUUCCAGGGUCUUCUGGGGUGGUACAUGGUAAAAAGCGGUCUGGAGGAGAAGCCUGAGUCUCAUGACAUCCCGCGGGUCAGCCAGUAUCGUCUGAGUGCUCACCUUGGUUCGGCCUUGUUGCUUUACAGCGCCAGUCUCUGGACAGGGCUCACUCUGCUGCUGCCCGUACACAAGGUGGCAGAAACCAAAAGCCUCAUGCAGCUUAGGAGGUUUGCCAAGGGUACAGGUGGACUUGUCUUCCUUACAGCUCUUUCAGGUGCUUUUGUUGCUGGUUUGGAUGCUGGGCUGGUGUAUAACUCCUUCCCUAAGAUGGGAGAACGAUGGAUCCCAGAUGAUGUUCUGGCAUUCUCUCCAAUCCUCAAAAACGUUUUUGAAAAUCCCACAACUGUGCAGUUCGACCACAGAAUUUUGGCAAUCUCGUCUAUGACGGCAAUUACCGGCCUUUAUCUAUUCUCAAGGAGGAUGCUGCUGCCCAGAAGGGCUAAAAUCGCCAUCAACCUUCUCACAGCAAUGGCCUAUGCACAGGUCGCGCUCGGUAUCAGCACCCUGUUACUCUAUGUCCCCACUCCACUGGCAGCAACUCACCAGUCUGGCUCUGUGGCUCUUCUCUCACUAGCCAUUUGGGUCCUGGCAGAGCUCCGCAAGAUGCCCAAGUAAACAGUUUCGGAAAAAAUCUAAUCCCUAAUAGCCACACCUCAAGCCACUAAGAGCAGGUCCUUGUAAACGAAGCCUUCACCAAGAAAAAUGGAAGCAUAAAAAUCGAUGUAUUUAACACUGGACUAUUAUUCAUAUGCUUAUGCAGCUCUCCUGUGGUGACCAAUGUUUCAUAACACUGUUUUAAAAGCAGGAUGUUAUUGAAAACAACUCACGAGAAUACAUGAAGGCCAUCAUUGAUUAUUGAAUGAACCACGAAGACGAGGAAGACUUGAUGUGAUUUGUUUUGUGAGGAUCAAAACAAAGAGAUGCAAAAGCAAACAGAUGUUUAGUUUCUCGCCAGCUUUAAUGACAACAAGAUUUCCACGAAGGAUAUGUAUUUGUUCAAGUUCACAGUUUUAACAGAAUGCUUGUGACUGAACAUGGUUAUUGAGUGGUUGCUCACCUGUUGCCUUGUGUCUGGUCAUAAACUGCCUAUUAGUUAAAUCAGAUGUGGCUGUUGGGAUUAUAUGUGUACAUUUGUAUAUUUAAGUUAUGAACCAUUUAUUCCUGACAUUUAUGAUAUGAGGUGUUACCUAUGUAGAUUUUGAUUGGCGCUUUGUACCGUAUGUCAAAACAUAAGCAUAAAUGCACUGUCCUAUUUGAAUAAAAUCCAAACUCAAAUCUAA